AUAUCGUAACGCAACUAUAUAAGCACAACGAGCAAAAAAUCGAGCAUCUUGCUUUUUUUGUAAAAGCUGCCAGUCAUUUUCCAUUUCAUCUUCAAUUCAAAGUAGAUAUGUCAGUACGUGUUAUUAACGACGAAUCGCAUUUCCAAACGGAACUAUCGCAUGCUGGCGUCCGUCUGGUCGUUGUGGACUUUACGGCAACAUGGUGCGGCCCAUGCCGAAGGAUUGCGCCCCUUUUCGACACGUUUCCAAGUAAAUAUCCCGACGCCAUAUUUCUGAAGGUGGACGUGGACAAAUGCCAGGAUACAGCUGCCGGCCAGGGUGUCUCAGCGAUGCCCACAUUCAUAUUCUAUCGCAAUCGAGCCAAAAUCGAUCGCAUUCAGGGCGCCGACAUUAAUGGUUUGGAGGCAAAAAUUCAGGAACAUAUUGGCUCGGGCGGCGCUGAGGCUGGAGAGGAUUAUGGCCAAGGUUUGAUGGAGCUGAACUCGUUCAUCUCGAAGCAGGAGUGCGAGUGCCUAAAUGAAGCCGAUGAUCACAAUUUGAAGCAUGCUCUAGCCACCGCUGGCGGCUUUUUGCAGUCCGACUGCGAUGAGCAGCUCAUCUUGUCCAUAACAUUCAAUCAGGCGGUGAAGAUACAUUCGCUAAAGUUCAAAGCGCCGCCCCAAUUGGGACCAAAGGAUGUCAAGCUGUUCAUCAAUCAGCCGCGUACAAUUGACUUCGACAUGGCAGAGUCCAUGAGCAGUGUCCAGGAUCUGACUCUGGCGGAAAAGGAGCUGGAGAACGGAAAUCCGGUCAAUCUGCGCUAUGUGAAAUUCCAGAAUGUACAAAACAUACAGAUCUUUGUAAAGAACAACCAGUCCGGCGGGGAUAUUACCCAAAUUGAUUAUAUUGGCUUUAUUGGCUCACCGAUUGUAACCACCAAGAUGACGGACUUUAAACGUGUCUCCGGCAAAAAGGGCGAGAGCCAUCGUUAAACAUAAUUAUUUGCAGCAUUUGUGUUAAUAAUCCCAACUAUUAUUGCUCCCAUGUACUUUCGACUUAAAUUUAAACAAGAAUUAACAGAAAUGCAUUAAUAAUAAUGACAACUAACAACGCAAAUUAAAAAGAAAUUUAUCUGGCAAUCAUUAAAGACUACUCGAC